AUGGCAGUAAAUCUUGCAUUUUAUUUACUGGUAACUUUUUCUCAGAGUGAGCGAGAGAAGCAGGAGCAAACUGAGGUCCAGAAGGAGAAGCAGAGAGAGCUGAUCCUGCAGCUCAAGACACAGCUGGACGACCUGGAGACCUUUGCUUACCAGGAGGGCAGCUACGAUUCUCUGCCACAGUCUGUGGUUAUGGAAAGGCAACGGAUGAUUAUAAAUGAGUUGAUAAAGAAGCUGGACAUGGACUUGAGUGAAGAUAUCGCAACGCUCUCCCCAGAGGAGCUGCGACAGCGUGUGGAUGCUGCCAUAGCACAGAUUGUGAACCCAGCCAGGGUGAAGGAGCAGCUGGUGGAACAACUGAAGACGCAGAUAAGGGACCUCGAAAUGUUCAUCAACUUCAUUCAGGAUGAAGUUGGAAGCUCUGGGAAGGCGGAAGAUGGGCACUGUGAAUGUGCAGGCAGAAAAGAUGGCGGUGGCUCCUGCAAACCAAAUACGCGGCCUUCUGGAAACAGAGUGAACCCAGAAGAUGCCAGGAAGAUGCGAGAAACGGGGCUGCACCUGAUGCGUCGCAUGCUUGCUGUGCUACAAAUAUUUGCUCUCAGUCAGUUUGGUUGUGCUACCGGUCAGAUUCCUCGCACCCUCUGGCAGAAGGACCAAGCCAGCAAGGACUAUUCCCCCUUAAUUAAGAAACUGGAGUUGUCAGUGGAGCGGGUGAGGCAGCUGGCUCUGAAACACCAGCAGGAAGACCACGUUAUCAGUUCCUCUGAUCUGCAGGACGUUCCCCUAGGAGGCAGGGAUGAGCUGACUCUGGCUGUGCGGAAGGAGUUGACCAUCGCUUUGCGAGACCUGAUGGCUCACGGGCUCUACGCCUCCUCUCAAGGAAUGAGCCUGGUGUUGGCACCCAUCGCGUGCUUGAUCCCUGCCUUCACCUCCGCCCCGCAGACCAUGCACCCCUGGGAGCUCUUUGUCAAAUACUACAACACUAAGAAUGGACAAGCCUUCGUGGAAUCCCCGGCUCGCAAGCUCUCCCAGUCCUUUGCCUUGCCUGUGACAGGAGGAGUGGCCAUUACCCCCAAGCAGAGCCUGCUGACGGCGAUUCACACCGUCCUCACGGAGCACGACCCCUUCAAGCGCAGCGCGGACUCUGAGCUGAAAGCCCUGGUGUGUAUGGCGCUCAACGAGCAGCGCCUCGUCUCCUGGGUGAAUCUGAUCUGCAAAUCUGGAGCUCUGGUGCAAUCCCACUACCAGCCGUGGAGCUACAUGGCAAACACAGGCUUCGAGGGCGCGCUCAACGUUCUCAGUCGCCUGAGCAACUUGAAAUUCAACCUCCCGGUUGACCUGGCUGUCCGGCAGCUGAAAAACAUCAAAGAUGCUUUUUGAUGUGUUUUUAUUGUAGAUCAUCCAUUUUCCACAAGUAGGCAGCUGUCGGGCUCAAGAAGCCUGGCUUUUUUAAGACCAAGUUUAGCUCUUUGAAAUUGGUAUUUGCUUUUAGGGA